CUCUUCGUUGUAGCCUCCAGUUUCUUGGAAACAUUGCAGCAGGAAACAGAGAUUCCCAGAAUAGCAUUUGGAAGUGUGCUUUCCCAGAUCUCUUCUUAAUAUGCCUAACAUACAAUGAUGAGAAAAUUGUUGCCUAUUGUUGUAUGGUCCUGUUCACCUGCCUUAAUUCAGAGAAAGUGAGAGAACUGCUGGAUCCUGGGAACUUGACUGUGGCUCUCCAUGUCCUGAAAGUCUACAAAGAGCAGUUGGAGUCUGAGUGGUCGUUCUUGAUUGUUACAGACCAUUUGCUGAAAUGUCCAGAGUUGGUAAAAGCCCUCUAUGCCAAACUGAGCAAUCAAGAAAGAGUUACUUUGUUAGAGCUGAUAAUGGCGACAGUAAGUGAGAAGAACCCAGUCACCAGUGAAGAAAUGGAUGUGUUCAUGAGACAUGCUGACUUCCUUUCUGGCUGUUUCCAAGAGAAAUGUGAAGCUGUGCUCAAGUUAACUUCUGCAGCAGAUGCAGAAGAUGAGGAAGCACUGGUUACAAUUCGUCUUCUUGACGUUCUUUGUGAAAUGACAUCAAACAAUGGACAGCUAGAACAUCUACAGGCUUUGCCUGGUUUGCUUGAAACAGCCACAG